UUUUUUUUUUUAAUAAUUGCGUUGAAAUGUUUUACGUUUCGAUUUUUUAAAUUUGAAUUCUUAACAAAUAUUCAAUGAUUACUUAGAUAAAUUUAAUUACGAAAUGAUAGUAAGAAACUGUAUCAAAGAAUUGUCUUGCAGCUUUGUACAAACAAUAAGUUGCGUACGAAAAAACUCCACAGCAAAAUAUUGUUUGGAAUUAGUUAGAAAACAUGAUUUUGAAAAUUAUUUAUGCACCUUAUUAUUACACAAAAGUAUUAGAAGAACCGGUUUUGCUGUUAGAGCAUUUAAUAUUGAGGUAGCAACUCUUCAAGAUCAAAUAAGUGAUAUGAAAAUUGGAGAAAUGCGGUUUAAAUUUUGGGAGUCAUCUUUGACUGAAAUAUAUAAAAAUAAAAUCCCAAAACAUCCCGUACUCAUUGAACUUUAUACGGCAACUAAAACACAAAAAUUAAGUAUAAUAUAUUUGAAACGUUUAAUCUCAUCUCGAGAAAAUUAUAUGUUAAAUUCAUCUCUGAAAACUAUUGAAGAUUUAGAGACUUAUGCUGAAAACUCCGUUUCACCAGUGUAUUAUUUGUUUCUAGAAGCAAUGGGGAUCAAGGAUAUGAAAGUUGAUCAUGCUGUAAGUCAUCUGGGUAAAUGUCAAGGAAUUAUAAACAUUAUCAGAGGUAUUCCUUAUAAUACAAAAUCUGGGCGUAUAUCAAUACCUCAAGACAUUUUGUUAAAAUAUAAAGUUUCCUAUGAAAAUAUCAUUAGAAAUUCAAGUGAGCAGAAUGUGCGUGAUGCAAUUUAUGAAUUGGCUUCAAGAGCUAAUAGUCAUCUAAUGAAAGCCAAAAGUUUGGAGAAGGAAGGAAAUAAACGUAUUAAAUCAGUAUGCUUACCAUUUGUUCCACUUCAUUUAUAUUUGGAAAAGCUUCGAUUAGCAGAUUUCAAUGUAUUUGAUAAAAAACUACAAGAACGAAAUAACUUAUUACCUAUGAAACUAUUAUGGCGUAAAAUGGUUGGCUAAAAUAACUUUAUGGUCAAAUAGUUUUGUUGAAAUUGUUAUAAGCAUACUUUUGUAUACUACAAUUAAAGUACUUCAUAAAACUUGUGUUGUCUCCAUCUUAAAAAAUGUACAACAGCAAAUUUGUGUUCAGCAGAACCAUUUUGUUUUGUUAACUUGAAUAUUGGAGUGAUUUUUCCUAUUAUUAAACCUAAAGGUAGAAAGAUUCAAUAUUUUAAUUUUUAGGAAUGUUCCUACGUACAUUUUGAGUUGCAAUAUUUUACAUACUAAAAACUUUCUUAAAAAUUGAAAUAUUGUAAUAAUCCUACGUACAAACAUAAAUUAUGUACAAACCUUUCAGUUUGUUAAAAGGUCAAUUCACUUUAAUAUUAAAGUAAUACACAAAAUUGGUUCUGCAGAACACAAAUAUUCUAUGUUGUGCAUUUGCAAGACGGAGACAACACAUGUGGGUGUGACUUCCUUUUAACAAUUAAAUGUUUAUUAAUAAUGCUUUUAGUUAUUUAUUUUUUAAAUCUAAUUAAAUUUAACAAUUAAAAAAUUAGUUUAUAAUAAUUAUUAUGUAUUGUUACCAUGAAAUAAAAUAAAAUUGUUGUA